AUGGAUGCAUCUCACAGUGGAGGAUCUGAAGUAGCUAGGAUGAUUUGGAUAGUUGGAUCUCCCAUCAUUUUCUCCUUUGGUAUUGUUGGUAACAUCCUCACAAUGAUUGUUCUCCUGGGACGUAAAACACGUAAAACAUCAACGACAGUGUUCCUGACACUCUUGGCAUUGUGUGACAUAUGGAUGAUUGUCGUGGCUUUACCUAGAUGGUGGCUCAUUUACUUAUUCGGGAUAGAGAUUAGGCACCUUAGCGAUGCAAUGUGCGGAUUUCUUAUUAUCAUUAAAUUAGGCAAGAGUGGUUUAUAUCUCUCUUCUGCCAAGAAGGAACGUGCACAAGCAUCUGAAAAAUCAAAAAUUUCAUCUCUCCGAAGCCACUCAACUCAAAUCACAGUGACCAUUCUCCUUGUGAACACCGUGUUUCUACUUUGCGAAACACCUGUAGCAGUGUUUAUGUUUGGCCGCUCUCUGUGGAUUGACCAGAAGGUUGGAAUGACCACAGCGCAGGAAAUAAUAUGGGCUGUCUGUAACCAAUUAUACUAUAUCAACCAUGCUAUCAACUUCAUGAUGUACUUUCUUACUGGAUCGCGAUAUAGGAAACAUGUUUUCGAUCUUCUGAAUUGCAAAUGCUCUGCUGAAAUAUCAGACACUUCAAAUAGCAAAAGGUCAGCCUUGUAA